GUGUUUCCAUAGAAGAGUCCACUUAUCACGUGCAUCGAAUACUUUUUUGUUAUUGAAGUAUUUCUACGCCGUUUUUCUAAGACAUUUGUAUUUUUCGCCACGCACCAAUUGUGAAACUUGAAGCUCAAGCUUAAAACGUUUAGUUUGUUGGUCAACUUGGUUUUGAAAAGGUAUUUCAUUUUUAUUUGCUACCAAAUAAUAAAAACCUGCUCAUUUUAACUUUGUCAGCAAAAAAGUCUCUCUUACAAGAUAACUGGUUAUAACUAGCAACUAGUCUCAACUAUGCCUGAAAAUCGGAAGGGAGGCACUAGCAGGACUAUUCUGAAAUCAGGGACUUCUUCAACUGCAGGGAACUCCAGUGGUGUUCAGUUCAGGGGACCCGGUGCCGGACCUACCCCUUUGGAUUACAACUCAUCGGCUCGCCCAGCGGUCGGAGUGAAGGCACCUCAUAACAGUCUGCUGAAAGAGCAGAAUGCCAACAGAUCCAAAAAAUUAGAGUUCAACCCAGACGACGCCCCUACCCCCUCAGGAAGUGCCAUGAAUGGACUGGUGUCCCCUGUGCCCAGUACUCCCCAGAAGGUGCACAAUACUAAGGGUAUUGGACUGGAGCAGGAGAAGGAGGAGGACUCUGCAAGGGCUGUGUCGCCUGUGAUUUAUAAUCUGCCCAGGAACAAACAGGGUGACUUUGAGCGGUUGAUUCUGCUGAAUCCUCUGGACAAGAAGUACGAGUGUCUGGUGUGCAAGGACAUCCUCCGAUACCCUGUCCAGUUCGAGGACUGCGGACACAGAGUAUGCUCCUCUUGUCUAGUGGACCUCCUCAAGGUGAAGCCCAAGUGUCCCGUGGACAACAAGGACAUUAAGAAGGAGAGCACUUUCCCGGACAGUGCCAUCAGCAGGGAGAUAGGGGGACUGAAGUGUAGGUGCAACAACUCCAUCAUCGGCUGCCAGUGGGUCGGCGAAGUCAGAACUGUCGCGGCCCACUUAGAUGGCGAGUGUCGCUUCGUGCCGAUGGAGUGUCCGAACAAAUGUGGGGAGACAUUUGAAAGACGCCAGCUGGACACUCACAUCUCCUCCGAGUGUGCCAAAAGAGUGACCCACUGUGAGCACUGUUCUGAGAUAGUUCCCGCCCAGCAGAUGGAGUUGCAUGAGAAGGAGUGUCCCAGUGUGAAGAGACCAUGUCCCAAUGACUGUGGAGUCAUGAGGAACAAAGAGGAGGAUGCCCUGGCAAGACCUACGAAAGACAGGAACCCCUACUUCGGAGUGAACAGAUUCGGAACCCUGUCUCUGGUACAGGACCCCAACAGCACCUACCUGGAGAACGACACCUGCUUCCUCCAAGUGGUCGUCAGCCAAGAAUACAUACCCGCAUUAUGAUGAGGACAAGUCAUUGCCAAACAUCACCGAAGCCAAUAAUCAUAUCAAAUUGACGGAUAAUUGUUCACAAAAUAUAUUGAAGGCUGA